AUGGAGACUGACGCACCGAGUGAUGGUGACGUGCUGCUGGAGUUCCGUGCUGGGAGGAUGACUGUCAGCGGCAGCACUGUGAAACCCGACCCUCGCAAGGGCCUGUUCCGGCUGAUCAGGACGGAGGACCUGCUGCUCCACCUGCAGUGGCUGGAUCGCACCACCCAAGCCGUAGAGGAGGACAUGGUGGUGUUCCCAGAUGAAGCUAAAUUCGAAAAGGUCUCCCAGUCCAGUGGGCGAGUGUUCGUGCUCUCCUUCAAUGAGGACGACCGCAAGCUCUUCUUCUGGAUGCAGGAGCCCAAGGCACACAAUGACGAGCAUCACUGCUCCGAAGUUAACCGGAUACUGAACGAAGCUUGGCUACUGGAGGAGGACGACCGGGUGCUGGACGCAGCCAUGAUAGACUCUGAAGCCGAUGCUUUCGCGGAGAACGAGGAGGGUCAUCUGGGGGAGGCGGAUAUGCAUGACGAUGGGGACAGCCACCAGGUGCUUGCGCCUGCAGCAGCACAGCAGCCCAGACCAGCCGGCAGCAGUGGCGCCGUGCCGGCAGGCCCACAGGGGCCGUCCGGUCUUGGCGACCUGAGAGGCAGUGCUGCUGCAGCUGGUGCUGCUGGCGCUGCUGGCGUUGAUGCUUCUCUUGGUGCUGCCCCUGCUCCUGGUGCUCCUGGUGGUGCUCCUGCUGCUGCUGCUGCUGCUGCUGGGAGAGUAGGGGGCCCAGUGCAGUUGGCGCAGCUGCAGAGCAUUCUGGCGGGACUGGGCCAAAUACAAGUGCCGCAACACUUGAGAGUGAGGAGCAUGAAGCUGACAGACAUUCUCAAGCCUGAAGUCAUGAUGAGCACCCUCAGCGAUGGCACUGUGCAGCAGAGACUGGCCGAGUUCCUCCCACCCGAGUUGCGGAAGCCAGAAGAUAUGCGGCAAUUGGUGCUGAGCCCGCAGUUCCAGCAGCAGCUGGACACCUUUUCGGAGGUGUUGCUUGCUGGGAAGAUUGACCUCUCGCAGUUUGGCAUCGAUGUGAAAAAGUAUGGGUACGGAGUGGUGUCUUUUCUGGAGGCUAUUGAAGACACCACCCCUGCACCAUCUGCUUUGGCCACUGCUGCCCUCUCCCUUGGAAACGGUAUUCCCAAGGGGAUUCGACCACGAUGGAAGUUCAUUGGCGGGAACCAGACUCAACUAGGGGACACGUGGCAGCUGAUGGAGACACGGCGGCAUGGGUGGGCUCGCGAGGGGGAGAGCGAGGGCGGGGGUGUGACUGCAGCGAGGGACGGGCGAUACAAGUUCAACCUGAACGAGUACAUGGUGACUAUAGAGAAGCCGCUGGGGAUCUGUGAUGCUGGUGGUGGCACUGAUGUUGAGAGCGAGGAGAGGGGUGAAUUAAAGGAGAAGGGAGAAGUGAGAAGAGAGGUGAGGGGUGGUGGACAGAGGGAGAAAGUGGGUGAAUCAGUGGGGAUGGUGGUAGCAGCAAGAGGAGAGGGAGAGCUGGGGAAUGAGACAGCUUUAGGUGUGAACGAGUCUGUAGUGAUCCAGCAUGUUAGAGAGGCAGAGGUAAGGGUAGCGAGGGAAGGGGAGGGGCGUCAGGAGGAUGGGGGGAAGGUGGGGGAUGGGGGGCAGGUGGAGGGUGGGGGGGAGGUGGAGGGUGGAGGGGAGGUGGAGGGUGGAGGGGAGGUGGAGGGUGGAGGGGAGGUGGAGGGUGGAGGGGAGGUGGAGGGUGGGGGAAAGUUGGAAGACCGGGGGAAGGUGGAGGGGGUGGGCGUUCCAGAAGGAAGGGGGAAGAUGAAUGAGGGGUUGGAUGAAAAGGAGGAGAAGAGUGUACACGGGGAAGGGAGCAUGGGAGAUGGAGAAGGGGAGAAAAGGGUGGAUGUGGGGAUGGGAGAGGAAGAAGGUUUGAAGGGUGGGGAGGCACAGAAGGCGGGGGGGAGGGGUGUGAGGGCGAUACUGGGAGGCACUUUAUGGGGUAAGAAAAGGAAGACAGGGAGGGCGAAAGGAGAGGGGGGAGAGGGGAAGGAACGGGUGGAGCAAGCACAGGCGGAGCCAGAGUGGGUCCUAUUUCCAUUCUUUGAGGGGAAGCUUGUGUCUGGCUCGGACUCAGGUCCGGAUUCCGGAGCUGAUGAGAGGACCGGUGAGCAGGACGCAACUGGUUCGGGUCCAAUGUUGGAAAGUCGAGCAGCUGAAGCCCAAGCCUCUGAAAUCCAAGGCACCCUAUCCACCGAAGCUGACGUAAUUGUUGGAAAGGAAGGAGGCUUGGCAGAAGAGAGGGCUUCUGGCCGGGAAGCAAGCUCAGGAACUGAGGCUGAGGGAGGCGGAGCUGGGGCAGGUGAGGCUGGGUCAGGUGAGCCUCGGGCAGGUGUAACCCCAGCUAUGGGAAAUGAGGCUCGAGAAGCUAGUCUAGAGAAGAUCGACCUGGGAGAUAAGGCCCCGGUGAGAAAAGGGCAGGGGCAGGAAGAGAGGACGGGAGAGGACGAGGACGAUGGGGCGGAGUGGGCGCAAGCAGCAGAGGCAGCAGCCGCUCUUGCAGCGGCUAUGAGAGGAGGGAGUGGAGAGGAGGGCAGAGAAGGCGACGAGGAGGGUAUGGGAGUGAGGGGCGAUAGGGGCGAAAGGGAGGGAGGCGAGGUGGGGGAGGGGGAGGGUGAGAGGGAAGAGUGGUUUGGGGACGGGAGGCAGCAGGGGAGGAAGGACGCGGAUUGGCAGUGGCCAGAGCGUGGCUUCUGGGAUGCUUCGUCUGGGAAGGACGGGGGAGUGGAGGGGGAGGGGAAGUGCUUUUGGGGGCUUGGGGUGGGGCGAGUGGAUGAAUGUGUGGAGGCGUAUACAAGGGGCGUGGGGGCCUCGAGAUUCGAGCCACUGCAUUCUCCCACUGCAUUCACCCACUGCAUUCACCCACUGCAUUCACCCACUGCAUUCACCCACUGCAUUCACCCACUGCAUUCACCCACUGCAUUCACCCACUGCAUUCACCCACUGCAUUCACCCACUCACACACAGGUGAGGGAGAAUGGUGUGUGGUUUGUACCCAUACCUGCUGUACACAGGUAUCAGAGCAUCUGUCGUUCGGAGCGGCACUGCUGUGCCCGGAAGACAUCGCCUCCUGCCCAGUUUCAAACUCCCUUCACUCAUCUCACGUCGCUCUCCCCUUCUGCUGUGUCUGCCACUCACCAACCUCGCCUCCCACAGGUAUCAGAGCAUCUGUCGUUCGGAGCGGCACUGCUGUGCCCGGAAGACAUCACCUCCGCGCACCAAAGGCUGGGCACGACAGCAGUGUUGGACCUGCAGCGAGCCACAGAGAAGCUCAACUGGGCUGUGGACGUGGAUGGCAUGAACCGGGCGGCAAGAGACGCUGGGGUGAUGGUGGUGCACCACCCAAUCAGGCACCACGACGGGCAUGACUUGAGGCGGAAGCUCCCAGUGGCAGUGGGGAUUCUACACCGCCUGCUGCGCCGGGGCCUGCAUGUGCUGGUGACGGAUACAGAUGGGGUGGACAGGGCGCCAGCAGUGGUGUGCGCGUAUCUGCACUGGGUGCUCGCCAUCCCCUUGCCCCAAGCCCUCCUCUUCGUGUGUGACGUCCGCCCCUGCCAGCCCAACCGAUGGUGUUGCAGGGCGCCAGCAGCGGUGUGCGCGUAUCUGCACUGGGCGCUCGCCAUCCCCUUGCCCCAGGCUCUUCACUUCGUGUGCGACGUCCGCCCCUGCCAGCCCAACCGGGCGGCACUGGCAGCAGCAACAUGGGAUUUGGUGGCCAUGCUGCGGCGUGGGGUGAGGCACACAGGGCCUGCCACUCAUUCGGUGCAGAUCGCAUGGAACCAUGGGGGGCGCGAGGUGCUACUGGUGGGGGAGCUAUCAGGCGGGUGGAAAAACCCAGUGGCGGCCACUCCAGUUGGGGGUUCCAAGUUUGUUCUCGCGCUCAGGCUGCCCCUCGGAUCCUACCGCUACAAGUUCAUAGUGGACGGGCACUGGCGCCAUGCAGCGGACCUGCCCACGGAGGUGGACGAGUGGGGCAACACCAACAACGUGCUGCACGUGGGGUCGCUGGCUCGGCACAACAAUGAUGCGGUGAGGGAGAGGGUGAUAGAGCGCCCUCUCACGGACCUCGAGAGGCGAAUGGUCACCUUCGCUUCGCAGCGCGUUGCUUUCUCCGUCUCGCCCAUCACCUUCACGCCCAAGCUCAGACCAGCUCGCUCUUGA